CUCUAACCUUAAAAUCGUUGAUAAUCGUAGCUGAAAGAUCCACGUGUAUGUUUUGCACUGGCUUGGAAUGCCUCGCGAUUAUUGAUUUUUCGCUUAAUGUAAGCGAAAACAUUUUAAAUGGAAAUUAAUGUUAAUUGUUGAUCGAGAAUAUUCAUAUCAAAGAUAUUAAAUAUAUAAGUAAGAAUUAUCCGAUUGAACUGACAUACAGCGUGUACAAUAUAAAUGCCGGCAGUUUUUUUUAUCGUUAAUUUUUACUGUGCAUAUGUGAUAUAUAUGAAUUAUAUUUACAAAGAAGAUGAGCUUAUUUGUUAUAAACAGAUACGAGGGUGAAAGCAAGAAGGAGGUUGAAAAUGAAACGAAUCACCUUUCUGAACUGCUGAAGAAGAUAGAAGAGCGUAAAAGACAAAGGGUUGGGGCAAAUAAUAAAUCCACAUUAGAUGACGAUGGAAAUAAUUUGGAGGAACCUAAGAAAAAGAAAAAGAAAAAAUUGCUUAAAGCAGAGAAAGCUGAUGAUUCACAUAUUGAGGGUGAAAAUGCCAGCAGUGAGAAAAUUGUAGAUGAACAAAUUGUAGAAACAGCCAAAGUAUCAACGAAAAAGAAGAAAAAGAAGAAGAAGAAAGAUAUUGAGAGUGAACACCAUUCUGCUACAAUAGACAAAAAUAUAGAUUUAGAAGAAAAGGAUGAAAAUUUAGCACAGGACAAUAAUGACGAUAAAGAUACUACAGAGAAGGAAAUACCUUCGCAGAGCAAUUUCAUAGUACUAGGCGCAAGAGCUCGAAAAAAGCAGCGUGAAGUGAAGAGAGUGUUACCAGAUUGGCUGGCACAUCCUGAAGUUAUAUCUGCUGACUUAAACAGUGGUUCUACCUUGGAAGAAUUGGAAUCAGUUUUGGAUGCUAAAUUGAUGGAAGUCUUGAGGACCAAUGGCAUUACUAAGUUAUUUCCAGUCCAAUGUAGUAUAAUAAAAUGGUUACACAAGUGCAAGAUGGAUAGGAAAUUGGGAUGGUGGCCAAGAGACACUUGUGUAUCUGCUCCAACAGGCAGUGGCAAGACUCUAGCUUAUGUGUUACCAAUUGUACAGGAAUUACAAACACGAUCGGUACCGAAAAUUCGCUGCUUGAUCGUCCUACCAGUGCAAGAACUGGCCGCACAGGUUCAUAAAGUAAUGGUCGCUUAUACUUCUCACACGAAUCUGAAAGUAGGCUUGCUUUCGGGUGCGUUUUCAUUUGAGCGAGAGCAAAGCGCUAUAAUUAAGAAAACUGAAAGGGGGAAGUACUUAUCCACGGUGGACAUUGUAAUCGCGACGCAUGGUCGCUUAUUGGAUCACAUAUUAAAGACACCUGGAUUUUCCUUGGAUUCUCUGAGGUUUCUCGUUAUUGAUGAAGCCGAUCGUGCAACAGAAUGGCUACAGUAUUUACCUGAACCUCAUUCUCGGGCUCCUAUUUUGACGCUUGGAAACAUGCGCUCGAGCAAAAUUAUACCAGCUCAAAAGCUAUUAUUUAGCGCAACCUUGUCGCAAGAUCCUGAGAAGUUGAGCCGGCUAGGUCUUUUCCAGCCAAGAUUGUUCACAACCGUAGUAACCGAUAAAGACACUGAUGUGAAUUUAGACAAACUCGCGGGUGAUUUUGUCGGACGCUACACAAGUCCAGGAGAACUGACGGAACUCGCGGUAGAAUGUUCCUCCUAUGACAAACCAAUAGUCUUGUAUCAGCUGUUGACGAAACACGAUGUCAUUCCUAAGACUCUCGUUUUCACGAAUUCCGGACAAACCGCGCAUAGACUGGCGCGUUUGAUGCAAUUACUCUUGUCAGAACGGAAUGUUACAGUGGGAGAAUUAUCCGCCCAGCUCGCGUCAAAGCAACGCGAAAGUGUUCUGGGCAAAUUCGCAAACGCAGAGAUACAUGUAUUAAUAAGUUCGGACGCGCUGGCUAGAGGCUUGGACAUUCUGGAUGUGCAACUAGUCGUGUCUUACGAUCUCCCGAAGCACAUCAAGGGCUAUAUACACAGAGCUGGUAGGACCGGGAGGGCAGGAAAACUGGGCACCGCGGUGUCCAUACUUACAGCGAAUCAGGUCGGGAUAUUCAAACAAAUGUUAAGCGAUGCACAUAAAACCGUGCCCAACAUCGAACAAAUGGAGCUGCAUGCCACUGCAAAGGUCAAUUAUCAGAAUCACCUUGAGAAAUUUAAGGAGAUUCUCGAGAAGGAAAAGAACGAAAGCCUGGAACGAACGAAGGCCAUUAAGCGUAGACGUGUGACAAAUUUCACCAAGCAAAAUGGAAGUAUAGAAUAAUAUUUUACGUGAAAAGAGAAAUAAAAGGAUGUACACAAGCUUAUUUGCGUGAUACUUGCGUAAUAUCAAGUUACCUUCCAAAAAUCCUGUACAAUGAUAGAAUUAAUAUUUAUUUAACGGUUGACAUGUCAAGCUUUCUAUGCUGUAAAAAGGUGCUGUAGAAGAAACAUAUCAAAUACAGAUAAUAGGGUAACAUCGAUAA